AUGGCCGGCAUGGAGCCGGUGCCGCGGCAGCGCUGGCUCAUCCCGGCUGCUCUCGGUGGCACGGAGGCGGCUGCUCCGUGCCCGGCACCGUUCCCGCCCGUGCGGCACCGGGCUCGGGGCCGCUGCUCGGGGGGGAGGUGCUGCCAUCAACGCGGCUGUGAAGGUGUUCCCGAGGCCGAGCUCCCAAAGGAUCUGCCAGCAGCACUCCUGAUGUGUCAGGAGCAAGGUGCUGUUUGUUCCAGGCAGAGAGAUGCCGGCUGUGAGCAGAAGGGGAAUGAACUCUGCUCCAUUCGUGCAGUUGCAAAUGAGCCCCAGCAUCCCCAGCAGGGACCAGCAGCCGCGGUUCCACACCUGCCUGGGGCCCAAGAAGCCUUUUGGAGUCAGCACGGGGAUGCCACUUGUGAGUGUGCAGUGAGUGCAGAUGUGGAGAAUGGAUUCUGCACCAGUGAUGGGAGUGAGAGAGAGCCCCUGGGUCCCCCGGGCACAUCAGCAACCAAGAAUGAACACAAAAGGAACUGCAGAAGAUUCCUGGGUGAAUGGAUCAGGGGCCAUCCCGUGGGCACGGCGGUGCUGAUUCUGCUCCUCCUGGUGCUGGUGCUGGCUUUGGGGGUGGCCUUGGCUGUGCUGGCAGCACCACAGGUUCCAGUCACAGCUGCGACUCCGCUGUCGGUUCUGGGCUGUCCCCAUGGCUGGGUUGGCUGCAAUGGGGUCUGCUACUACUUCUCAAGGGAUUACAGCACCUGGGAGCAGGGUCAGGAACGGUGCUCCGAGCUCGGGGCCUCCCUGGCCAUUGCCAAGGAUGAGGAGGCCAUGGAUUUGCUCUUCCGCCUCCGUGGGAAGGUCGAUUACUGGCUCGGGCUGCGCAGACGGGGCGAGCGCCUGCACUGGGGGGACGGCAGCAGCUACAGCUCCCGGGUUCCCGUCUUUGAUAAUUUCGAGUGUGCGUACCUGGCUGAUGAGAGAUUGAGGAGUGACAACUGCUCCAAAGAGCGGCCGUAUCUCUGCAGCAAGGCCCCAGCUCCCCUGUAACAGGGGCUGCAGAAAGGACCUUCUCCACACUGGGCAGUGCCAGCUUCACCUCUGAGCCCAGCACAGCGCUGUCCUUCCUCAGCUGCACCCUGUGCCUUGCCCUCCCUCUCAGGGUCACCUCAGUGCCUCUUCAUGCCCAGUGCCAACGCUGGGCUGGGGCUGCAAAGGAAAAGUCUCUGCAAUCCAUCCUGCCACCGAUGCUGCCUGCAGUGAGUGCAUUGCCCUCAUGACACAACA